CGCAUCGCUACAAGAGCACAUGAUUUACUGUAGCUGUUCGUCAGACAGGCUCGUGUGUUACCACGUUCCUCGAAACUAUUAUAUCACACAUUUCCGGUUAGCCAGUUCCUAGUUAGUGCUAAUAGCUUUACCAAGGGCCAUUUUGAGGCUGUUUUUCACACACCCUUUGUAAGAUGUUCACAUUAAAGGUACCGACCGUUGGCGAUGUUGGCUGCGGCUAGCUGCGGACAGCCUGCAAUGCGCAGUGCUGAGUGUAUCAUGAACAUGUAUUUCAGGACAAUUGGUUGGCAUCCCAUACAUUCGUUAUUCCCCAUUCUCCGCUGGCUUGUGGUCCCUCGCCUUGGACAUUCUCCGGUAACUUGGCAAUCAAAACUCAAACCUGAGUCUUGACAUGAUACCAUUAAUUUUUCUUGCAUCCCUCCUUGCGCUGCCUGCGGAUACGUUUGGAGCACCCACAAAUGUGGUUCCGGUUUCAGGUCAAUCCAUCUCCCUUCUAAGGAGGAAUCCGUCUCCUCGAGAUGCCACCCAACGGGGCGCUUUGGCGAAGAGGCAGAGGGACAAUUUGAUAGCCAAGUAUGGCGGCGCGACAACACUGAAAAGAAGCACUGGUUAUAAUUCGAUUGUAAAUCAGGACUAUGAUUCUAGCUAUUAUGGGUCACUGGCUAUUGGUACGCCUGCGGUGUCCUUUGAUGUCAUAUUAGACACGGGCUCUUCUGAUCUCUGGGUCGCCAGUUCUUCUUGUGGUACUUCAUGCGGGUCGGUUGCUACAUACAACCCAUCAUCUUCAUCAACUUUCCAAAACCUCUCUACGCCAUUUGAUAUAACUUACGGCUCGGGUGCUGCAGAGGGCUAUGUUGCACAGGACACAGUGCAAAUGGCAGGAUUCUCCGUUGCCAGUCAAGGAUUUGCUGUUGUGGAUGUAGUGUCAACCAGUUUGCUAACAUCACCGGUCUCUGGCUUGCUUGGUCUGGCGUGGCAACCACUAGCAAGUUCAGGUCAGAUGCCCUUGUGGCAAACUUUGGCCUCCAGUGGUUCUUGGGACUCGGCUCUCUUUGCUGUUCAGCUCACUCGGUAUACAAAUGAUUCCAGCGCCCAGACACUUGAGCCUGGAGGAGUCCUUAAUAUGGGUUACACAAACAGUAGUUUGUACACCGGCUCAAUUGAUUACAUCGAUAUUCCCGGAACUGACACAUAUUGGUAUCUACCACUGACUUCGAUAACUGUGCAAGGAACCAGCAUAACUAUUGAUUCAGGAACAACUGUUGCUAUUGACACUGGCACGACCAAUAUAGGCGGUCCAGCCAGCUCGAUUGAAGCAAUCUAUGCACAGAUUUCCGGCUCACAACCAGCCACGGGUCAAUGGCAAGGAUAUUAUAGCUUCCCAUGCUCGACGACUGUAAAUGUAGAGGUAUCGUUUGGGGGCACGACGUGGUCGAUAAGCUCAGCAGAUAUUGCGUUCGCCCAACUCAGUUCAACAGAAUGCAUUGGCGCAUUUUUUGAAACAACUACUGGUACUGGGACUCCCUCUUGGAUCUUCGGCGAUGCAUUCCUGAAAAAUGUGUACUCUGUCUUCCGCUACAAUCCCCCUUCGAUUGGCUUUGCCAGUCUCUCAAGUGUCGCCAUCGCUGAAAAUGGUGCUGGAGGUGCCGUCCCUUCCGCAACCAUUGGUACGGUAUCUGCAGCGGUCACAAACACAAGCGAUGCCCCACGUGGACAUGCACUCAGUGCAUCAUUGUCUGCUCUACUCUUCCUAGCUUUCUCAGCAGUGCUCCUCCUUUAAUUUCGAUGUCAUCUGCAAUCACCUCUCUAAUGAAGGACUCAUCUGUAUGGGACUAAUAGACACUCACUUAUUUGGAUCACGCUCACUUG